AUGCGUACUUCGCGCACUUCCAAAGACACGGCAAGUUUUCUGCAGGCACUCUCGCCUCCUACGCGACGCCAAACGCGUAGCUCGUCAAGGACAAAUGUCCUUCAGCGCUUUGCCUUCAAUGCUGGCGCAAAUGGCCAUGCUGAGACUGUGCCUACGAUGAGUGACGGUGAUGAUACUUCGUCGCUCUCAUCGGCUCAUACUGUGGACAUCGAGGAUAUCUUGGAACCCCCUCUGAAAAAGAGAAAGAGUAGCCCUAGCAGCCCGUCCACCAAGAGAACGACACGAGCACCCGCUAGGACCGUCACAAAAUCCGAGACCGUCAAGGUGGAGUCUGCGAAACCAAAAUCACGUCGUGCACCAGCCCGCAAGAUCAAGGGCGAUGAUGGUUCAAUCAAGAUAGAACCGCCAUCGAACUGGGAGACCAUCUAUUCCAUGGUCAAGAAAAUGCGGGAGAACAACCCGACGGCUCCUGUGGAUACCAUGGGCUGCGCGGAACUCUAUUGGCGAUCAUCGUCUCCCAGAGACAAACGAUUUCAGACCCUUAUUGCAUUGAUGUUGUCGUCCCAGACCAAGGACACAGUGACAGCUGUGGCUAUGCAGCGGUUACACACCGAGCUGGGGGACGGAAAGGCCCCAGCAGAAGAUCCCAUAGUCAAGAAAGAAGAGCAAGAAGAUAUUGAGCUCAAGUCGUCACAGCCUUUGAGAGAUAGCACUUUGAAUCUCGAGAACAUCCUGGCAGUCUCUCCUGAGAGACUGAACGAGCUAAUCAGGACCGUCGGCUUCCAUAACAACAAAACCAAAUAUAUCAAGGCAGCGGCUGAAAUACUCCGAGAUCAGUACAAUUCAGAUAUACCAUCGACCGCCGAGGAGCUCAUGAAGUUGCCCGGCGUGGGGCCAAAGAUGGCAUAUCUCUGCAUGAGUGCUGCCUGGGGGAAGGACGAAGGAAUUGGAGUUGAUGUGCACGUUCACCGUAUCACGAAUCUUUGGGGUUGGCACAAAACCAAGACACCUGAGGAGACACGCAUGGCAUUAGAGUCCUGGCUCCCUAGGGAUAAAUGGCACGAAAUUAACAAAUUGCUUGUGGGCUUAGGACAGACAGUUUGCCUACCUGUUGGCCGGAGGUGUGGUGAGUGCGAUCUUGCUGGGACCAAGUUGUGCAAGAGCGAAGUCAGAGGACUUCUGUCAAAGAAGACAACAGGAGUGAAAGUCAAGGAUGAAGUUCUGAAGGAUGAGGACUCGGUGUCUGGAGGGGCAAAGGUCAAGGUAGAGGGGUUGUGA